CCUCCUGCCCCCUCCCAUCUCUCUCUCUGUCUCUCUCCCCGUCGUACUAAUUACUCGUUGUUCUUCUCUUUUCUCGCUUUCCCCCUUCUUCUUCCAACUAGGAUUGCUAUCGCUGUUUCUUCGUCUCGCGGCGUUCUCCGAGGCCCCUGGUCAACGGCUGGGAUUUGGGAGGGCUCUCUUUUGACCCGAAGAUCGUCGGAUUUGGCUCUCUGCCGCCUCCGGAGGGAAGAGCUUGAGAAUCUUGUCUGGAGGGGGUGCAUCGUUGAUUACGGCGCUUGUCUUCCUUGAUAGAUUGGAUGGUUGCUUUUGAAAAUUCAUCUUUACUUCAGAGCAAAUAUGUGAACACAAAUUUUGAGGCAGCAGCUAGCUUUGUCAUACUUUUGGGCCUUCUUGGUUCUGAUGCUGGCAGAUAGCAUGCUUGGAAUCUGUUCUUCAGGUGAUGCUCGUGACACGUCUUGCCACCGAUGCAUUUGGUAUACUGACGAUUUCCCUAGUCUUCCUUGCCGCUGUUCUUGGUCUAGUAUGCAUAUUCCAUUCCCUGUACUUUAAAUUCUGCAUCAAGAGAAGGUGUUAUCCACAGUUGAACUACUUUAAUGGGCCCUGGAUUAGCCGCAUUUUUCUAAUUCUAGUCUCUAUUUGGUGGGGUUUUGGAGAGAUAAUCAGGCUCAGUUACCUGAAACCAAAAAUCUUCUCCAACCAAGCAUGGCAGAAAAAUAUCUGCAAGUUCUAUGUCCUUUCAAAUUUAGGUUUUGCAGAACCCAGCAUGUUCCUUUUGCUAUCAUUCCUUCUGCAUUCUGCAUUGCAGAAGAGAGAGUUUGGCACACUCAGUCCUCGAUGGAACAGAAAGACCCUUUUUUACGUGCUCCUCUGCUGCUUUCCCAUUCUUUCCAUGCAUUUUGCCCUUGUUUCUUUUGGACCCAAAUAUAGCAAUCAAGUGAAUAGUGCUAAGAAAAGAAACAUUUCAAGGUUCUUCAGAUAUGUUGAUUCUUCAUCAGAUGGUGAUACUAUAUGCAUGUAUCCUCUAUUAAGCACUACAAUUCUUGCGGUCCUUUAUGUUCUGCUGAGUUGCUAUAUUAUAUGGAUUUGCACAAGGCUAUUGAAUUUGGUUAUCAACAAAGGUCUGAGGAGAAGAAUUUAUGUGCUGGUAAUGCCCGUCAUCUUUCUUCCAUUGAGGGUUGCUCUUAUUGCACUGUCUGUUCUUCCUCCACCAGGCAAUGCACUGUACGAGGGCAUUGUAUUUUUAGCUUUCCUUGUGCUGCUAUCUUCUAUUGCCGUUGGGAUAUUCAUGCUGGUAUAUUUUCCUGUAGCAGAUUCCUUGGCCUUGAGAAAUGUAGGUCAUGUUGAAAUCGAAGGAAUACCAUAUGAUGAUUUCUAUUAUGAUGGUGCAUCUCUCAUGGCCAACCAGAGUCAUCAAGGUGUAUUCAGGAACUCUGAUGAAUCUCUUGUGCGGCACUCCACUCCCUUUCAAAGUCUGAGCUUGGAAGGAUUUCCUGCAUCGGAGGCUACAAAGGCAGAUUUUCGUAUGGGAUUAUAAACUUUCCCUUGACAGGAGUACUUGCUUCACCCUAAGAUGAUUCUGCAAGUUCUCGUUUUUGUGCCCUUUUAUUAUUUUGAAGCCUAUACAGUUUUGGAUGAUGGAUGUUGUAAAAGCCAAGAGAUAUUAAUGAAGCAAUACUGUUCGAACAUGGUUUGCCGUUUUCUCAUUUGGAUUAGUUUUGCCAUAUUUCUGUCAUCCUCGUGUUCUUUAUAGGCUCUGUGAAAUUACACACUUUGGUAGUUGGAUAAUGUUAAUGUUUAAAUGUUCCUUAACAAUUUUGACAAAA